AAUUAUUUUGUUCAUAGAUGCCUGGAUGAAGAUCCCUAAGUUCAAUUGUCAGUCUCCUAUAACCAGAAAGACUCUCCAGUUGGACUGUCAUCAUUCAAGUAAGAAUGUCAUCUGUUGAUAGAUUGCAAAGCUGCAUUUACAGAAAUAUUGAUCAUUCAUGAAGUUGCUAAUGAAGUUGGCUACAAGUUACCUUUAAGGUGGCCAUUGCAGAGAAUCAUAGCUGGCCAGGUGCUGAAGAUAAAUGACUGGUAAAAAGAUGGCAUAUCAGAAGGUCAAUGCAGAUCUAAGACCUUCAGGUCACUCACAGUACUUAGACAGUGAUGACCUUCAAGCCACUGCCCUUGACUUAGAGUGGGACAUGGAGAAGGAACUAGAAGAGCCUGGAUUUGACCAGUUCCAGCUAGACAGUGCUGAGAAUCAGAACUUGGAGCACCCAGAAACUUCAGACCUCAACCUUGAUUCCAUUCAGCCUGCAACUUCACCCAAAGGAAGGUUUCAGCGACUUCAAGAAGAAUCUGACUAUAUUACCCACUACACAAGAUCUGCACCGAAGAGCAACCGGUGCAACUUUUGUCACCUUUUAAAAAUAUUUUGCCCAGCCACCAUUUUAUUUAUUUUUGGAAUUUUAAUAGGUUAUUAUGCACAUAAAGUUUGCCCUUCAGAUUCCACAACUUCAGGGACAAAUGAUCCUCAGCUCUACCAGGAGAUUCUUCAGACAAUCAAAGCAGAAGAUAUUAAGAAGUAUUUCAGGAAUUUUGUACAACUUUACAAAAGUGAAGAUGACAUGGAAAUUUCCAAGAAGAUUAAGGCUCAGUGGACUGUUCUGGGCCUUGAAGAUGUGAAGUUUGCCAAUUAUUCUGCACUGCUGGACCUGCCAGGCCCUUCUUCCAGCACUGUGACACUCAGUUCCAGUGGCCAGUGCUUUUAUCCCAAUGGCCAGCCUUGCAAUGAAGAAGCCAUAGUGGGCAGUAGCCAAGAUCUCCUCCAUUCAUACGCAGCCUAUUCUGCCAAAGGAAAGCUCCAGGCUGAAGUCAUUGAUGUGAGUUAUGGAACAGCAGAUGAUUUAAAAAGGAUAACAAGAAUGAAAAAUGUAACAAACCAAAUUGCACUCCUGAAACUAGGAAAAUUACCACUACUUUAUAAGAUUUCCUUAUUGGAAAAGGCUGGAUUUGGUGGAGUCCUUGUCUAUAUUGAUCCGUGCGACUUACCAAAGAGUAAAAAUCUUACCUCUGGGACCUUCAUGGUGACCCUGAACCCAGGAGGAGACCCCUCCACACCUGGGCACCCAAGUAUUGAUGGCAGCUUUAGACAAAGCCAAGCAAACCUCACCUCCCUCAUAGUGCAGACUGUCUCAGCAUCCCUGGUUGAAAAACUCAUCUCUUUGCCAAAACCAAGAACCAGCCAUGAAGUCUGUAGCCCUCUGGAGCUUCCAUAUAAAGAAACAAGAACUGUCAGUGUGCAAGUUCAGACAGUUACAAAAUUCAAAACGAUUACUAAUGUUGUUGGCUAUGUAACAGGCUUGACAUCUCCAGACCGGUAUAUCAUAGUGGGUAGCCGCCAUCAAGCUGGAUACACUUAUCAUGGACAAGAAUGGGCCAGUAGUACUGCAAUUAUCACAGCUUUUAUCCAAGCCUUGAUGCUGAGAGUAAAGAAAGGAUGGAGACCAGACCGUACUAUUGUUUUCUGCUCAUGGGGAGGAACAAUUUUGGGCAAUAUUGGCUCAUAUGAGUGGGGAGAGAAUUUCAAAAGUGUUCUGCAGAAAAAUGCUGUAGCUUAUGUGAGCCUCCAUAGUCCCAUACGAGGCAACUCCAGUCUGUACUCUGUAGCAUCCCCAUCCCUUCAACAACUGGUAAUAGAGAAAAGUAAGUUCAACUGUACCAGAAGAGCUCCGUGCCCAAAACCCAAUGUCAGUUGCGUGCAGAUCCAAGGAGAUGCAGAUUAUUUCAUCAACCAUCUUGGAGUUCCCACUGUACAGUUUGCUUAUGAGGACCUCCACAGUUUACAGGGUCCAAGUUUUCUCUCUGAGGCCAUUUUUCCUGUGCAUGCAACAAAAACUGAGGAAAUGGAUCCUUUCUUCAACCUUCAUGAAGCCAUUACCAAGCUCUCAGGAGAAGUGAUCUUGCAAGUUGCCAAUGAACCAGUUCUGCCCUUUAGUGCUCUCGACACCGCCUUAGCAGUUCAAAACAGCCUUAAAGGUGAUGAACCCAGUGUCCUUCAAUUACUAGCCGUGGCGUCACACCUGAGGGACAGCGCUGAAUUCUUUCAAUCAGAUGAGAUGAGACCUGCUAACGACCCCAAGGAGAGAGCUCCUGUCCGCAUCCGGAUGCUGAAUGACAUCCUCCAAGACAUGGAGAAGAGCUUUUUGGUACAGCGGGUGCCCCGGGGCUUUUAUAGAAACAUCUUGUACCACCUGGAUGAGAAGACGAGCCGUUUUUCAAUCCUGGCUGAGGCUUGGGAACGCUGCAAGUUACUCACAUCCAACGAGACUUUUCACGAAGCCCUGUCAGAUGUGUGGAACACGAUUAAUUCCGCUCAGGUUUACUUCAAAGCAGGACUUGAUGUGUUUGAGAGUGUCUUGGUAGAAAAGAACUGAGAAAAUGCUCAGCAUUUUAAAAUGUUUGUUUACAAUGACAUAAGCAAAAGGUUCACUCUCACCAUAUUUUUUGACAUGGAAAGCUUUCUGACAAAUCUAAUACUCUUAUUAUGUUCUAUUUUCUGAUGUACAUAGAAAGAACAUUUUGCACAUUUAAGUUUUUUAUAUACCCAUACAUCUGAAUAUAUAAAAUCAAGUUACUGCAAUAAUAUUAAGAUUUAUCUAUUAAAGAGAAACCUGCUGUAUUUUUAUAUAGAGACUGUAUAGGGAGAAACAUUCCAAGAAGAUCUGGGCAUCUCCGCUGCUUGGACAGAUCAGGAAGGAGCACAAGAUAUUCUCCCAAUAAAGUUUCCACUGACUAAGUUUUUAUAUAAGGAGUGGACGACCAAAAGCCUUUCAGACUGAUGCACUAUUAACAAUUCAAUAAGGAGAAUUCAAGUACUCUGAAUGAACAAUUGCUGGUCCCAAACUACUUUGAAUUUUUCUACUUUAUGACAUGAAGUUCCUCUUUUUAACACAAGUAGAUAUAGUAAGUAAUACGCUGGUUAUAAAAUUGUAUUUUUACGUAUUAAUGAAUAAAGAGCCAUAAACAUACCAAAGAAAAAAAUCUCAUGUUAGCUUCACAGAGCAAUUUAAAUGCAAAUUUUUCCUAACAUCUUCUAUAAGGUGACUUAGCUUUGAAAACCCUAAUUUGCCUCAGUUGAUUUUGUAAGAAUUUCAGGAGUGGUGUAUGCCUUAAGAGGAAGAAUACAUUUCUUACUCCCUUUUCCUGGGGUUACUGAUGAAACCCAGAAAUGAAAGCUAUUUGAAAAUGAAAGUAUCUCUCAUGGAUUUUCCUGCCUGUAUCUUUUCUGAAACUCCUUGUUAUAAAUCAGCUUUCACUGAAAACCACAUAAUUUCUGUGGGAAAAGAGCAGUUUUCCUUUGAAAACUCAAUAGUCAUCAAGAGCAUUCAAGUGCUUGUUAUACUAUUGAUAAGACAAAAAAUAAGGAAUAUUUGUUUUGCCAAUGAAAUAUAUAUAAAUCCAUGAUGAAAAUAAUUUUCUCCAUCUUUAUCCUAACUGUGGCUAAGAUAAUUGUAUGUACACAAUGUAGUAUUUCUGUAUGACUUUUUGUCUUCCACAGUUAUAUCAUGUGGGCAACUAAGUUUCAUUUUGAUAUUAUAAUUCAUUAGCUCUAGCAUUCAUAUUCCUCCAUUACUCUAAAUUUUUUUCUGGUAAGGAAAAGGUUAAGUUGUAUCUUGCCUUGAAAACUGACUUUUUAAAAAAAUAUAUAUAUAAUACUGGAAAAUGUAGUUCCCCUCAGUAUAUAAACCCUCACAAUAUUUCCUAUAGAUUUCCCCUAUAAUAUUCAAACAGACUACCCACUACAAGUUUCCACAAAGAAAACUGAAAACAGUCCGUGAAUGUUCUAGUCCUCACUUCUUGUGGAUGGGUGUACUCCUAAUCUUAGCUAGCAAGAAAGCUAAAGUUGAAGGGAAAGAACUAAUCACUAUUAAUUAAUUGAUUUAUAAGGGCCAGCUCUUCCAAGUGUAAGUAAUGCUUACACACUCAAAGCAAAGAAGUGAGGCAAUUAGCUAGAUAAUUCAAGCAGAAACACAUUUUCGUAUGAAUUGCCUGUGUACCCAUAUUUUCACAUGAGAAACAAAAUUACCUUAUAAGUUUUUCUAAAACCAAUAUACUUGUUUUUAAAUAUUUUCCAUGUUGAAAACAGUGUAUAGGAGGAACAUGCUAAGAGAAAUGGUGUUCUGCAUGCAUUGACAUCAGUGCUCUUUGAUGCUCGUAGAGACCAACAGCAGGAAGAAUGUUAUUACCACACUGACACACACAGGCCCAUGUAGAAGAAUUCUGUUACUGAAAGAUGCUUAAUGUUUACUACAAGGUCAUGCAGUUCUUAAUGUGGAGAUGAAUUGAAAACAAAGGAUGAGAAAGUACCACAAUUGUCAGAUUAUAAUUUCAGAACAAGAUUCUAGGCAGAUUCACUUCCAUAUCAUACUGGAGUGUUUUCUUUUUC